UGAACACCGAUGAGUUUUUGUUUACCUAGCAACAGACAGCAGAUAGCAACGGUGUUUGACAACUGUCAUUGCUAACACGAAUUUGAUUCAAUAAAAUGCAUCUUGCAUGCUUUCAGAUGAUUUUAACGGUGUGAUGAAAGAGUAAAAAUAAUAGAAUUUAGCCUAAAGUUAGCUGCCAUAUUUGGCUGUCGUCUGGUUUCUAAGCUGGAGAGUGCUAGCUAACGGUAACCAUCUUCCAAAGAUGUCUUUUCAAGAGUCACCUCGUCCUUCUGAUGAAGAUGAGGCUUUCUACGUGCAGUGCAGAGCCGCAUACCUAGCUGUGUUCAAAUCGAGUUUGACAAAUAUCAAUUCGAAACAGCAGUUAUGUCGUGCUCUCCAGCAGGCUGGUAGAAAUCCAUCCCAUGCAACUCUCAAUAAAUACUGGCCCCCAAGAACAUCCAAACUGAACUUUGAUGACUUCUGUGAGAUUCUCAAGUGUGAGAAGAAAAUUGAGGAAACGGAGCUGAUGAGAGCCUUCAAAAAGAUGGAUGUGAACGGUGAUGGCUACAUCUCACACAGUGAACUGGAGAAGGCCCUUACCACUAGAGGAGAGAAAAUGACCACUGAAGAGGUCAAUGCUAUUUUCUCAUUAUUUGACAUCAACAAAGACGGCAAACUGGACUAUGCAGAAGUCUGCAGAUUACUUGUGUCUACAGUAGAGCAGUGUCAGAUGGCUGUUUUGGAGAGGCUUGAGGCUAAUGCCAAACUAAAGAGACAGAACUUUGGCAGUCAGUCAUACAGCCCUCCGAAGAGCUCUGCAUCAUCAGCAGCAGCACAAGCGGCAGCAACUCUCCCUCAGCCUCCAGAAACUCCCAGGGCAGAAUCAGACACAACACUCAAGAAAGACAGCCGAUCUUCCUCCCGCCCUUCUUCCGCUCGCAGCAGACGGUCGUCCGUGUCGAACCCAAUCACUAUGACAUCUAGCAGCACAAAGGCCAGCAAAAUACAAGAGCCUUCAGGCUUACAGGAGUGGCAUCAGAGUUAUGUGAAGGGCUGUUUCUUCUUGGAGGAUGAUGGGAGUAUCAGCUCUCUGCAGUACCAGCUCCACAUCCCCCAGACAUCCAAUGUCUACCUAACCAUCCAACCACUCAACCUCAGCAACAGACCCGAGAAGCCCUCUUCAUGGAUGACAGUGGAUACAGCUCUUUUUGUAAUGUCAGCUGGUGAAACCAAAGAGGACUCAACUUUAGUGUGUUUCACUGAGUCAAAAGACAAAGAAAAGUAUGUUUGGAAAGGAGAAUUGAAUGCUGGGACCUACUACCUGCUUCCCUUCACUAGUGGCUGCAAACUAAAGAAAAGGAGCAAAAAGAGCCUUUCUAAUAAACCUGUAGAGCUUGUCCACAGGACUGACACUGGAGAACUAGACCUCACCAGGGAGCUCAGGGAGGUGCUGUCUGACAUCUUUGAGGUGAUAGACAUGGAUGGAAAUGGUUUGCUCAGUCUGGAGGAGUACAAUUUCUUUGAGCUUAGGACCAGUGGAGAGAAAUGUGACAAGGACGCCUGGGCUAUCUGCAAGGAGAACUUUGACAUGAGAAAGAACCAGCUGACACGGCAGGGCUUCAUGGAGCUGAAUCUGAUGGAGGCCACAGAGAAAGAUGGAGACCCUGCAGACCUGUGGGUAACCCUUGAAGCCAUGGGCUACAACCGAAUGCUGGAGCUAGUAGAGGCUUGUCCAUUCCAGAUAGAUGUACACUGUGAAGGCACUCAGCCGUCCAUCCAGCCACUCAGUAUGGACUCAGGGCCCAAGCUUCUGAACCAGGCCCUUCAGAAGUCCAUCACAGCCAGGACAGGGGCGAAAGCACUGAGAGGACAAGACAAUAUCUUCAUCUACACCUACCGAGGAGAACACAGGAUCUCCUCCCUCAUAGCCAACAAGACCAACCAGAAAGUGACUGUCCAUGUGAACAAUGAGCAGAGCAGGAACUGCUGCAGCAGCAGAGGCAUGAGUGUGUUUGCCGUCGAGGUGCCUGCCAGGACUAAGAUGGUGUGCCAACACGUCCUGCCCAUCAAUGAGAGACAGGACUGGACCUACAACUGUGUGGAGACCAUAUUACCCUGCACGUAAAGCUGUACUCCCAUCGAGUAUUCAGCGCUCACCUAUGCUAGUGAUACAGAAAAGUGAUGGGCAAAAACAAUUCAUAAACCAGUGGUUUAAAAUAGGAUGCAUAAUGAAUAGAAAUUGUUCUAUAUCCACUGGCAAUAUGAAAACUGUUGUUACUGGUCCGACCAAAUGGUUGUUAUUUGUAGUUUUACUGUAACUAUCAAGGUCCAAAAGAAGCCCCACGUUCAAAGCUUACCUGUGUGUUUUGUAAAGCCUCAUAUGUAAGAGCAGGAGCUGAGACCCUCUGCCUUCUUGUGGCCAGCAGCUUGAUCAGGCCCACCUGCAAGAAUGGUAUUUUAGAUGCUCUCUGACUCUUAAGAUUUUAUUUACACACAAGACAAAAUAUUACAAACUGAAGAAAACAAACAGACACAGUAAGGAGGUGAGGGGGGGGGGGGGGUACAUACAGAACAAUUGAUGGGCUAACACAGUAAAGGCUGUUACAUAGUGUGAUGUCCCAGUAGCCGAUCAGGUCUUUAUCAAAGUCUUUAAGAAGGGCUGCUGCUCUCUCCAUGUUUAACAGAUCAAGAUAAUCCUCCAACCAGUUACUUAUCGCAAAGCAGGAUGGUUUGCACUCUUUCCAGUUCAUCAAGAUUAUUUUGCCCAGAGACAUCCCAGUGUGAAAAGAUGUUUCAUAGGAAAUUAACGAACCGCUUCACAUUUCUGGUCCAUCAAACAUAGCACAGGAUGAACCAGAAAAUUAGCAUGUAGGAUUUCAUUCAUAACUGAAAAUAACUGACCAAAAAAUGUGCACUUGUGGCCACUCCCACAAUAGAUGUAACAAAGAACCACAACCAUGCCACACUGGUCAGGAUAAUUCCUCAAUUUUGGAAAGUCUUGUAGGAGUAUCAGAGGUGUUAACCAUGGAUGGUAGCAUCAGAUGGUCUCUGCAGUCAUAAAGUACUGCUAAUAAUGGUUGUUACUGCUUUUGUUGUGCCUUUGUAUGUGUGAAAUGUUUCAGUUAAUGUAGAAAAUUAUCCCUUAACAAUAAUUAACAUUAUAAAUGUAUACAAUGCAUAGAUCAAGGAUUAAAUUGCCAACAUGACACUUUUAUUCAUAAUUUAUCCUUUAAAUGAAGGCUAUUGUCAUGGUGAAUUGACAGAUUUAAUCAUUUAACAAAAAUUCUGUAAAGAAUUCUACUCGUGUGUCUGGUGCUGUGCUGUGCUGUUACGUUAUGUAACAUUAAUAUCAAUUUUGUCGUAGUAAUUUAAAUUAUUUUAAAAAUACAGGGUUAUUUACCAUAUUAAUAUUCAGUAAGUUUCAGGUAGGUUUAUGUAUCACAAUUUUGGUUCUUCAACAAUGUCCUACAAUCACAAUUAAGAUUAAUUUCACCUUUUUAGCUACUUUUUCAUGUCAUAGUAUACAGUCAUGUAAAGGCCAAAACAAACUUGUUAAAAUUUUAUUUUCUUGUGUUUUUAUAUAUUUUACUUUGAAAAUCGUUUUAUUAUUUUAUCACUUUCCUUAUGUAGACAUAAAUAUUAUUAUCAUAAUACUUAUAUCACAGAUUUUCCUUAACUGAUAUCUAUUCGGUUUACAUUUUGCCCCACAUCAACAUCUUGUUACAACAGGAAAUCUAUAAAAUAAAGGCAGAUGCUCUCCAAAUCCUGUUUCACUGGGACUUUAAGUCUUUAAGCUUACUUGACUUUAAGCCCAGGUUUACAGUGUUUGAAUUACCUUACUUAGAAAGUCACCACAGUAGAUUUGUAUCCAUUGGAUCAUGGGAAACCUGUUUUUUUUUUCAGCUCUCCAAAAAACACAACAAAAUCUUUUGAUGAACAAACAAUGGUGGCUUGAACAUCCAAUUGGUAUCAUUUGCUACAAUGACGGCUGAGUAUCAAAAGUGAAUGUUUCUUGGACAUUUAAAUGACAUGUAACAGAUAACAGUUGUUUCAAUAGUAUUUCAGUACUGUUCUGCUGGACCAAGGCUGGUCCUAAUAUGUAGUUAGCUUCAAAUUGAAAAAGCUAUUUAGAUGCUGUUGAAUCAAUGGUUAUAUGUAACCUGUACGUCUAAGGAAACCUUCAUUUUCUUAAUUUAAAAACAAAUUUAGCCUGGUUUUAACCAAGACAUAUUUUGACCUGUUAAUCACCAAAUCAAUGCUCACUUGGUAUUCGUUUUACAUUUAAAUGAAGGAUUGUACCUUAGUUCUUGUACUCACAGUCAGUUUCAGCCUGAAAUCUAUGUUACAGUGUAGCUAUUCAAUACUCUCCAUAUUCUUUAUACAGUACGUUGCUGUGGGGAUUUUGGGUUGGCAAUGAAAUGCAUUCCUGUGCAUUGCGCUCAGGUCUAAACUUUAUUUGCCCUUGGCCUUUCCAGUUGAGAACACUCUUGACCUCCUAUUUAUAUCUCUCAGGCCAUUAUUUGCCCUUUGACUUUCACUGCUGAAACAGUAGAGCCAGCUAACUAAAUGUCACAUGGCAUGUGAGAUGUAUUUAAUGUCCUGAGCCCCUGUCUGCUCUUCCUUUCCCAACACAGAAGUUUAGUAACACUUGACUGCUCAAAGCAGUCAGGCUUCAGGGGUUGUGAGCCAAUUUGAAUAUCUACUUUGUGAGACUGUCAUUCUGCAUUUAAAAUCAUUAUGAAUGUGUUUUUAAGAAAUAUUUAACUUGUUCAGGCUGUAAUUGUGUUUUAGUUCAGUUACAUGAUUUUCUUCAAAAUGUGCAAUAAAAUGGAUUUCCCAAUAGA